AUGGAAUGGUCUGAUGUUUACGACGCUGUCCUUUCUGGAGAUCUGUCGGCGGUCAAUCGCUUCGUGCUAUCGCCUGACUUAACUAAAUGGGGUAUCGCAGCUGAUUUAUCAGGGAAAGUUGCGAAUUCUGCGUUCAUCCCUGAUGUUCUCCACUUUUCGUCGUUGUUGGGUGAGUCAGGAGUGCUAAGAACCUUUCUUGAUUGUUUGGAACGAAUGCCGGGCCAUUCAUUGUCGACGUUUCUAGACCUACAGGAUCACGUGGGUCGCACUCCUUUGCAUUGUGCUAUUUAUCGUCUACGAGGCAACUGCACGGCAGUGCUGAUCGAAUAUGGAGCAAGCAUGGAGAUAGAAGACAGACUGGGUUACACACCCGGUGCAAUGCUUUCAACCCAGGAGGGAAUUGAUUUAGUUAGGCGUCACGUGACUGGAUACCAGCGUCUUCCACUGUUCUUGGCUGAGAAAGUGCUACCCAUAUUGGCCUAUGAGAACGACGUAAUUGGAAUUCGUCAUCUUAUUGAUGUUGUGCCUUCACUGAAUAUUUCCUUGCAAGACUACAUGGGACGGACAGCCUUGCAUGAGGCAUCCCAGAGGGGACAUGCUGGUGUUGUUUCGCUGUUACUUGAUGCUGGAGCAAACAGCAAUGCUCAAGAUUGGAGAGGAUCAACGCCUCUUCAUUAUGCAGUGAGUGCAAGUCAACUGGACUGUGUUCGACUUCUUCUUGAUUGCUGGGACCUCAAACUUGAUUUGACUGAAAACUCUUCAAAGUACACACCUCUUCACUUGGCUGUGGUUCAGCGAAAGUUCUCUAUUUUGGCUUUGAUUUUGUUUCGGGAUGAUGCAAAAGGUCUACUGAAAGGAAAUAAUGAGUUGUCGGUGUGGCUUUCUCAAAGCAUUAUUGAUACAGGUCAUGUUGAAUUCAUUUCUUCAUUUAUUAGUUGCCUGCAAACUUCUGAAGUUAAGGUGUUGAUGAGGUUAUUUGCUGCAAAUGGUGACUGUUUAUCGCUGAAACUAUGUUUGAUGCAUCUGUCCCCUGGUGAUAUGAACGACCAAGAUGAGAUGGGUCGAACUGUCAUCCAUGAAGCAACAGAUAGCAGAAGCAUUGAAGUUGUAACACUGAUUGCUUUCAAAGCUGAUGUGGCUACUCAAGAUUGGCGUGGAUCGACUUGCCUUCAUUCAGCAGCAGCUAGAGGAGAUAUUGGCAUUGUGAGAGUUCUUCUACAGGCAAAUCCUUGUCUUGUAUCAUUGACUAAUGCUGCGGGUUAUACACCAUUUUUGGUCGCUCUUCAUUACCAACAAUGGGAUUGUGCUAGAGUCAUUUUGGACUUCUGCUCAUCAGCUGAUUUACUUGCAAUUGACAACAGUGGACAAACUGCACUGCAUAAAGCAGUAGUUUCUGAAAGUGAUGCAUUGGUGACAUCUAUACUGCAUAGAAUGGGCCAGUGCCAAAGUGAUUCCUAUUCUGCAAGAUUACCAUCUUUUAUUGAACACUACUUGAAUUGUUCUAAAUAUUUACCUAAGAAGUUGCUCUACAAUGUUCUUACCAACAAGAAGAGCUGGAAGCACAAAAAUAUGAACAAUCUAGAACCAUCUUUAUUCUAUCAGGAAUUUGGUAAUGUCUCAUCUGGUAUUUCAAAAUGUAAAUUGAAAGACAAACUUCAAAGUAUUGCUUGUUGUUAUCAGCAGCAUCAAGCAAAGCUUUUGUUGGAGUUGAUAGAAAGUUGCACAGCUGUUGUGAAUGCAGAAAGUCAGUGGGAAAUUGCUGAUUUGAAAACACACCUUGACCAAUUUACUAUUCAUUAUCUGGAAGCUGUCGAGACUGAAGCUCCGUGUAAAGACGUAACAUCAGACCAGAAUGCUAUUGUUGAUUCUGAUAUUCCUUAUGAUGCUCUUUUGUCACUUUUGUUAAAGUUGCCUUUAUUGCCUUGCAGAUCAAAAGUACAAAUUGAACCAAUUAUUUUGUCAAUACAGAAUGCAUUCAGUCGGGUAGUGAAUGCUAUUACAAAUAGCAACAGACAUUUAGCAGAUACUUCUCCACAUGGGCGAUUUCUAUGUGACGUUUUGUUGCACUGUUGCAGGAAAGGCUUUUGGUCAUUGUUGCUGUGGGAACGAGACAGCCAGUGGUUGACAGAAAUUUGGAGAUAUGGCUUGAAAUCAGAUGCCAAUUCAGUGCAACAACUGACUGAAAUAACGAAGCUUAUUCUCAAGUCUAAGUUGAAACCACUGAAAACGUUCUUACUUUCUGGCAUAAGUGCUGUAGUUGCAUCACCAGAGUUAUGGUCCGAUUACAAAGAUGUUCUAUGUGCUGCUCUUGGCAGUUCGAAUACAGUCUUGUAUGAAUUCGUUCCCUUAGUGGCACAGUUCUGUGCCCCAUUUGUAGGGAGGGCAUUUAAUGAACUCUAUAGUUACGGUUCUAUUCAUGCAUCACACUGUCACGUGGCUGAAGUCUGUGAAGAAGAUGUGUACUUGGAGAGAAUUGUGUGGAGAGAGGAAUUUGAUGUAGUCUCUAGUUUUGUUUCAUUGCCGUUUUCCGUUGUUUGCUCUUUGGUAUCAGCUUCUGUUUGUAAUCAGUCAUCUCUACUGCAUGAGUCGGCAAGUCAAGGAUUAACAGAAGUGUGUGCUGCUUUGUUAACUGACAAUUUUUGUUGCCCAUUUGUUGAUGUCAAUGCUAAAGACGGACAGUCAAUGACUUCACUUGAUAGAGCUGUUGUUGAAGGGCAUUGCAAGACUGUCAUUUGUCUACUGAAAAAUGGAGCUGUUACUGACAAUUCAAGCCUGUUAGUGAGGCUGUGCAAUGCUGCUGUUGCAAGGCAUGAUCGAGAUUCUCUUUUGCCAGCUCUUACAGAUCUUACAAACAGGUUUAAUCUGAAUGUCAAUGCGUGCGACUCAGUGGUGGGAUCACCUCUGUAUACUGUUGUUUCUCAAAAGUGGCUCGAAGGGGCAAGGAUUUUGUUGAAUGCUGGAGCUGAUCCAUUGAACCUAUCAGGGCUGAAUCAGAAACAAAUCCCGUUGAUGUCAGCCAUUUUACGUCAGGAUAAUGAAAUGGCUAUGUUACUAGCUCAAGAAUGUGUCGCACGAUGGCCAAGACUUUCUGGUCAUUCUGAUGAUGAGCUUACAUUGAAUAAAGUGAUUCGUGAUGUCAUGACAGUUGCUUUACGUAAUGGUAUGUGGGAUGUUGUUGAAGUAUUUGGUGGAUGUUUCAUGAUUUCAGAUGAAUUGUUUGCUAUGAAGUGGUUUCCGUAUUCAUUGUUGCAGCUACUAAGUACUUCAACGGAUGUCAAGAAAAACGAUUUAAUUUGUCAGUUUUUUGAUUUCCUUUUGAACUCGAAACAGUUUGUCAAAGAGCGACUUCAUUAUUGCAAUUUGAUGUUGCAGUGGCCUGCGAAGGCUCUGAAUAAUUUGGAAGACACACUUCGAGUUUCGAUGUUGGUUCCAGAUGUGGACGGUUUCUUGUGUCAUUUUAUUGCUUGUGUACAGUAUGGCUUAGUGCCCAAGGUAACACAAUUGGCUAAGAAACAGAAACCUUCACCACCAAAAGUGCAGCUCGCCCAUUCAUGUUUAAAGAUAUUUGGCCAUAAAAAGUUCAAGUUUAGAGCUGUACGCAGUAGUUUGAUCUCAUAUUACAGGCAACGAGCUGCCUAUAGCAUUGAUUUGAAUGACUACAUUCUGGGACAAAGAUGUGUAGCAGUUUCAAGAGUUGAAGGUUGGUCUUGUUUACAUGAAGCUGCUGCUCGAGGAUGGAUACGCGUGAUUGCUUGUCUGUUGAAGUUAUUGCCAUCUGAUGCUUUAAAUCAUGUUGAUAGUCUUGGUCGUACUGCUCUUUCUGUUGCCUCUGGAUGUCUUCAAGUUGGAGCAGUUAGAGAACUGAUUAAGGAGACCGGCAUGAUUUAUGUUGAAAAGAGUUCCCCACUUACGCUCUGUGUUGUCAGGAUACUGCUAUCUCUCUCAAAGCCUUCGCAAUGUAGCAAACUUGUUCUAUCAUAUUUGAAAUACCCCGAACGGUUCGCAACAACAACUGAUUGCAUAUUGUAUAACAAUAGCACAAGAUCUUCUGCUGAUAUCCGCAGACUAUUAGUUUUUGCUGCUUUGUGGAAACAGUAUCAUCCACUUUUGAAUGGAUUACCAGUCAGCGGUUGUUAUGAAUUACAAUCACAGGAUAAUGAUGUCGCAGUUGAUAUUGCUACUAUACUUGCAGAACAGAUUAGCCAAGGCUCUCACUUGUCACAACAAGAGAUAGAUUUGAUUGCUAUUACAGCAGCGGUUUCUUCUAGUCGGUCGUUAGUUAGUUUACUUGCCACUCUUGCUUCAGCUGAGCAACUAAGACAAAAGUUUCGAUGGUCAGUAGGCCUGCAAGAUGUUCUUGAUGCUUUUUCACUUCCAAGAUGCAGUAGCACACGGCACAAUUUAUCUGUGACUGUUGAAUUGGGAGCUGUUGAUCUGGCAUGUAUUUACAGUCCUGGCAGAGUUAAUCGAAAUCAGAAACAAGAGAUUCAGGCUAUAAAUGGAGGGUACUGUGCUAUGUCUCUGUUUAAAUGUGGAUGUACUAUGGUAAAUCCAUGGUUGGCUGCUCAGAAGUUUCACUGGGAUGUUGUCAAACACUGCUUGAAGAUUUACCCUUGCCAUUGGCCAGACAGCAAUCAUAAGAGUGACUGGAAAGAACCAACACUACUUGCAUGGUGGCAUACUGCUGUGUUGUCAGUUAUUGAAGGAGAAGUUCCGGUUGUGUCUAGCAUCUUAGAUACAGGCAGCCCUGAUGUGUUGUUUUAUGGCAAAGACGAUGAAUGUGCUUCUGAGUCACUUUUACAUGUGGCUGUUAAGAAACGUCAGUAUGAAGUGGUAAGGGUGCUGUUGAGACACGGCUGUGAUCCUUUGGUUAAAAUUCCUUUGUCACCUAUAGUAGGUAAGAAGCUUCGUCAACUGGGUGUCAAGCAGGCUAUUGCAACAUCUCCGUUUCAUUUUGCAAUUCAGUUUGGAGAUGUUCGUAUGGUUACAGCACUUUUGUCUCAUAUGGGAGACAAUUUCAAAACUUUCAAGGCUGCAGAGGAAGUCUCUGGCAUUCCAACGUGGGCAAUUAUUGAAAUGGCAACAUCAUCAGGCAAUAAGAUGGUAGUGGAGUUGCUCAGAAGAAAAAUAAAGUUAGCAAGUUUGGCUUCCUCGCAGGAAAGAGUGCAUUUGCAGUGUCAGUUGAAUGACUUGCAGACAGUUUCUGGCAUGUUUGAUGAUCAGUGUUUUGGCUGGUUUUCUCCUUUAAUGGAGCUUAACGCUGCAGAAAACACUGACAAAGACAAGUAUCAUGAAAUCAGCAUAUAUCAACCGUACUUUCGGCUUUCAAGAUGUAACAUAUCUUUGAUUUCUCUCAUGGGGUAUGCUUGCCAGUUUAAUCAGUUACAAGUGUUAGAAGCUAUUAGGUGUGUGAUGAGCAACUUGGAAUUUGGACAGAAUAUUACAAGUCUGCUAGGAGUAGUGUGCAAAUAUGGGCAUAAUGAAAUUCUUGAGUACAUCUUACGUUGUUGGAAGCAGAUCGAUGGAUACAAUGAGUUGGUAACAAACUUCAUUGACAAACUUGAUGAAUCUGGUUAUUCUCCACUUGCACUGGCUAUAUUUGGAGGACAUUACCGUUGUGUCAAACUUCUACUUGAACAUGGAGCUGAUGUUUCUUGGACUGAUUGCCGUUCUGCUGGCAGUGGUGUUGGACUUCUUCACCUCUCUUGUAUUUCAGGAUCUGUAGAGAUUGUGAGGCUACUUUUGCCGCAUCUACCAGAACCAAUGAAAAGUUUGAAAGACAAAGUUGGAUUAGACUCAGUCCAAUAUGCAUCUGGUUAUGGACAUGGAUCUCUCCUUGGUUUAUUGUAUGACAAGGCUCCUGAAGAUCUGCUUGAGUCAGAUUGUCAUUGUAUAGUUAAUCAGGAGCAGCAGUCAUUCCUUUGUCUAGCAUUUGGCUGGUUUAGGUCACUAAUGAAGAGAAAUGCACAGCAAAAGAGACAAUUAGACGUGAGAAAAUCAACUCGGCAUUGUUUUACAAUUUCUGGUAAAGGAUAUCCUCAACAGCCUCAGUCUAGUGAUUGUCCUCUUGCACCAGUGUGGGAACGAGCUUUAGAUUGCUGUCAUUAUGAUAUUAUCGAGGAGCUGUAUUACAACAGUUUUGGGCAAGUUGUAACUUUAGCCAGUCAACGAAAGCUGGUGGCUGUAACUCGACAUAAUGCUGUUAAUGGAAUUUCUUGCUUGCUUCAAUAUUUGUCUUCAAGAGAAGACACCUUAUUGAAAUGUUCAUUUAUUGGAACCGAGGAAAACCUACUGCGUUUGUAUGCUCGUUUUACCAGGGAAAUUCUUUCCAUUCCUGAACUUGCACUCAACUUGGCUUUAAAUGCUGCAGUAAGAGGCCAGUAUUCAGUUGCUGCAUAUUUGAUUCAAGAUUUGGGAGUCCCGGCUACAAACACUUCUACUGAUGGUUGCACUUUAGUUGACAAUGCGUUUGCUUUUGGACAUAGGAACGAGGGAGCUUUACUUCUGUCUUUGUUGUUGAAGGUAAAAUCCAAUGAUACUACUAGAUUUUCGUCAGUUCUUGCAGAUUUUCUGCCGGAAGUCCCACUCAAAAUGCAAUUGCUGAUGGGAUUGCAAUGUCUCCAUCAGCAGGCACUGUCCGAUGCUUUCAGCAGCAAGACGCAUGCUCAUUGUACUGAAAUUUCUACUUUAUUUCUUGGUUGUUGCUGGUCAGAUGCUGAGUUGGAAUGUUUAAAGCGUUUAGAGCAUGGGAUGGCAACUCGUCGGAGCUUUCCCUUUCAUGUCUGUAAUGUCACAGUCGACGUAGACUGGCAAUCAUUCGACAGCAAUGCUGAUGCAAUUUGCCAAUCAUUCUCUUGUAGCUCAGUGAUGUCUGUGGAGUUGCUAGUCAACACGUUUGUGUCAUCUGACUUCGUGUUAAGCCAUGUCAUUCAAGACAUUUACAAUAACAUGUUUUCCCAACCUCGACUAUGUGUGAUUCAUUUUAUGGCAAAUUUCUGUAUUGGUACUCCAGAUGACGGCAAUCGUCACUACAUUUUUGAUAUUGAACAGACACGGUGUGUUAAGGUGGACGUGGAAGACUCUACUGUACCUCCUCACAGCUCGGUUGAUCUUUCAGCAAACAAAGAUCUCAAACGAUUGUGCAGUAAAACUGGUCAAUGCAUUGAACAGUUUGUUCAUCAGCAGGUGUUUGUUAGUCUGGCAAUUGCUAGUUUGUCUCAAGCUCCUGCUAGUGUUGUCUCAUUUGUUUGUUCAGCCUCUGGUACUGGAGGGUUGGGAGGAUUCUACCAAUACGUAGCAGAUUGUUUGGAGAUUUGGAAUGACAUUCAAUCUCUAAUCCCUCGAUGCAAGCGAAACACUAGAUGUCAAUUUGGGAAACUCUGUGCUGGAGUAUUUGUUGAUUAUGUUGAUACAGUUUCUGUUCGUUAUGUGCCUGGUCUUGCUUCAAUAGACUGUCAAGCACUAGCUCAUCUGAUACAACCACAAUCUGGACGGCUUGUAUGGCCCUUUGAUGUUUGUGAUGGCAAGCUGGUCUGCAUACCUGACCAGUUUUCCUGGACGCAUGCUCUGAAGAAAGAGCGGGUUUUCUUUCUACGGUGUGCCUCUGGAAUCGGCAAGUUGCAUUCUGCGUUUGUGAGCAACUGUGUUGAUAUUGUUAUUGACUGGAACUCUUUCAAAGAGCAGACUAGACUUGUCGGCGGAGUUGAUGCAGUUGCAUGUGGGGUUGAUACAGUUUUGAGUAGCAUUGCAGCGUGGUACUGCAACGGUCAACUAGAAUGGAGUGAUGUGUACACUCUCAUUGCUUCAAGAGUUCUUCAUGACAUCAUGUCAGUAAGGAUACAGUCAGCGGCGGCGGUAGAAAAUGUUGAGGUUGAUUUGACAUUUCGUGGCAUUACAGUGAGUUUACUUGUGCAUAAACACGGUAUUGAACAUGUUUGCGAGAACUUAGACAAAAGGCUUUGUGGAAACUUUACUGUGCUACUUCCUACUGCUACUAGUUGCUUCACAGCUCUUCUAAAUCCCACAUCGGACAAGAAGUUUGGCAUGCUAGUUUCACAGUCUUUAGAACGUCUUGGCAAGCUGUUGCAGGCUCAGUUUCCGAGAGUCACUAUGAGUAUGCCGGAUGAAGUGGCAAUAAAUGCAAUAGCGAGGACUUCUCAAUUUGAACAUGAUAAUUUGGGUGUUCCACCAGCAGAUGUCUUCUUAGCGCUGGUUGACGGUAGAGGACAUCAGCAGCUAAGGAAGCUGGUCUGCAGUGCAGGAUUGAACUUAAUAAGUGACGUUGGGUUGGGAUUCGAGAAAUUAGCAAGUGUCGAUGGAGGACCCUCCUUUUAUACCCUAAGGGAUCACAGCUAUCAGUUUAUUCCAUAUGUGAGGGUUCAAUUUUCCUCUAAGCUUGAAAGACGGCGAUGUGUAUUUGGGACCAUUUCUCAGUAUCAACGCUUUGCUGAUCUUCAACUGUUACUACCGAAUUCUUUUUCACAACUAUCUAAUCUGAACAGGCGGAUGUGGUGGAUGCCUAUCACUGAAAUUCUUCAAGAUUCUUCUUUGACUAUAUUUCUAAAAGAAUUGUCCUCAACAGAAGUCUGCGCGCUCUUGCUGUAUUUGCAGAAUGCAAAUUAUUCUGAUUGCAAUGGUCACCAUUUAUCACUCGCUACCGUUCUGCAAUCUCAGUUAAAUCGCGUUGUACCUCAAGCCAAAGAAUCUUCUAAAGCGCAAUUUCCAGGAGUAUUUGUGCUUGAUGAUGACAGGACGGCUUGGUCAAUUCGAGAGGCAAAUGCUUUAGUCACUCUGUGUGAUGGACUGAGUAUUAAUGUGGUGCCUCGUGUUGCAAACACUAUUGAACAAACACCUGAAAAUUAUUGCUACUCAGUGACUUGCGAUAGUAAAACUUUGCUACACUGGUCUGUAGUGCCUCAUGGAUUUUUGCAGUUUACUGUUUUUGAAGAAUUUGAGAAUAAUUCUAGUUUACCUGCAGAGAUUUGCAAAGUGGCCAAACUGUGUGAGAUUCGUUUGAGGGAAAUUCUACAGAAUGAAUCAUUUCACAUAUUCAUUCAUUCCAAAAGUGGUUUGUCCAAGGCUAUGUACAAUUUGAUGAGACCCGAUUUCAAAUUGUUAUGUGCCAUGAUGGAAGAAACCUUUCAAGAGAUGUUCAACAAUCCCCUUCAACGCAAGCUAGAAAGGGCAGGAUUAUUAAACAUAGAGCCAAGACUGAUCUUUGGAAAAAAGAUUAGUGGUGUUGACAUAGUUAUUGAACAGUCAACUGAAGUCAACCAGCCUGUUCAAGUCUAUCAGAACAUUUUGAUUGUCAGGCUCUCUGUUGUGUCAAUUGCUGGCAAACAUGCGUUAAGGAUGCAGUUACCGAUGCCUCGAGAAUUUAAGGAAGCUUUGCAGAACUUAUGGUUGAAGUUUUGUCAACAGGAACUGGCAUCCCUGUUGAAGAAAGACUUUAUGCCCAGGUUACUAAAGUGGUUUCAGUUAUCAUUAGGCAGACAAAUACCUAAUACCAACGUGGUUAUCAACAUUGCUGAAAUGGCUGAAAGACGGUUUGAUUGCUUGCUGCAGUCACCAGAGUUUGUGAAUAUUGUUACCGAGGGUUUGUUUGAGACUCUCAUUGACGACAUGUUGAUAGAAGAUCUGAUAUGGUUGAGUACUGAGGGACAGUGGCGAAUCUUGUCUGUUUGCAAUGCUGUGGAGAUGUUACUUUCUUGUGCCAGUCGUUCUCGAGCUGCACAAUACUUGACCUGGUGCAAUCAGAUCAAGUUUGUUGUCAGCUAUUCGAUAUCUGACUUGCCUAUAGUUUUAUUGCUUCCGUCUGGAGUCUUGCAGUUUUCUUUGUGUAUGAAUAGAGCCGCUGUUUAUCCAUCAGCACGUUCAAUGGCAAUGCAAAUACUACGAUCAGCACAGACCCAGCAAGUACCUUCAUCGACUAUUCCUUACAGAAUGCUACGAUCUAGUCGUGCAUCUUCUCAUUUGUCACGUAUUGACUUUUCUCAAUCAACUGCACUCUUCUUUUCAUCUGUUUGUCAGCUGACUGAGUUUAGUAUUGCAGUUUGUUCGAGCAGUGGUCACGUGAUUUUGGGACCUGUUGAAGGAAUAGAAGUAUCAGUGAACGUGUACAAGGUGAAGAAGUCCAAGACAACUGUACUGGAUAACUCAGUCAGUUGGACUUGGCGGAAGGGAUUAGUGGCAGCUGUCUGGCGUCCUACCAUGAAAGGCUGGCACUUGAUUGAAAUCAAGUUGAAUGGCAAUCACAUUAAACAGAGUCCAUGUCGUUUUUAUGUAAAUGAUGACCAAACACGCAGUGGCAUUCAAUCAAGACUUGGAACUGGCGUACGGGGAGUUUCUGCUGGAAGCCCAAUGCGGUGUAUUGCAACCUAUGACCAUAUGAUCCAGCCCUACAAGACACGGUUCCAUUUUCCAGUAAAAAGUGGUCGACUUCAACAUCUCUCGGCUGUCAACCUGCUGCAUCAGAUGCGUCAGAAGCUAUGUGAUUAUGUCUGUUUCUCUCAUGGUGAUCUUGAUGUGUUGGUCUCAUUAGUUGGACAGAAAGACAGGAAGUCUGCUGUUACUCAAAACUUGAAAUUGAAGGUCAUUUGGUUGGCUACAGGAGUGUAUUACGUUAUUAUUACUCCUUAUAUUGCUAGCUCACUCAAAAUGAUGGUAGCGUUGUCACGGACUCAGCAACCUCUUAGUGUGUACUUUGCUGAUGGCGGAGAAAACUGGAAUCGGUUGUCUAUGGGCUUCGUCUUGCCAGGAAAUGUAUGUGCCACCAGAUGCUGCCUUCGAACAACAUCCAAAACUGAAAAAGCUACGAUACCUAAACUUGCAACUUUGAAGAGUCUUUCCAAUAGCCGGCAAUGCAGCAAAAGAAAGGCACGAAAGUCAAGUUCGAAGACGGAGAAAUCAGUUGUCAAGUGUAGAGCUGGAGACACAUUUGAGUGCAUAAUUGAAGCACAUGAUCGAUAUGGCAACAAACACAUGACAGGUGGUGGGAUCAACAAAGUAGAAAUUGAACGUGGUCAUCAAAAGUUUGGCACUAUGAGACCCAGCAAUAUUGAAUGUGAAGUGACUGACCUAGCGAACGGCACUUAUAUGAUUCGAGGCACUCCGACCAGUGCUGGUGUCAAGAUGGUGCUGAUCAAUGGAUCACAAGUGAGUGGGCAGACAAUACAAGUAGUCGAGACUUGUGCAUACGGUCCGACCAGCGAACUAGUGAUUCUGAGUAAGUUGACACAAUGUUUUGUCAAUGAGCAACUACAGUUUUUUGUGAAUCUACGAGAUCAGUUUGGAAACGAAGUCAAAUGUUCACAAAAGGCACAUCUCGUCCAGGCAUUUAUCGAUGGUACCUCUUGCUUAGUCCAGCAUGUAAAGGAGAAAGGAGCAACUUAUUUAUGUGUAUCGGUUUCACCUGAGAGUCCUGGAGAGCAUACUCUAGUGAUGAAAGUUGGAGACAAGCAUGUAAGACAUAGUCCGUUCAAAUUCAUAGUGUGCAACAGAAAUGUUUUUGAGAAACGCAAACAACUAGUGGAAGCGCUGAACAAAUGUUAUUCGCUGGUAUGGCGAAGCAACUUUCGAACGUUGACGAUACGUCGCGAACACUUGUUUGAGGAUGCUUUUGCUGCAUUGAAUACUCUAAAAGGAGAGUCUUUAUACACCUCAUUGAGGAUUCGAUUUGACCUAGAAAUUGGACACGAUGGAGGUGGACUGAAACGAGAAUUUUAUGAUUUGUUGUGUCAAAAGCUAUUCAAUGAAGAGUAUGCGCUGUUCAGUCGGUGCAGUAACGGACUCUUCCGGCCUAAUCGACACUCCUCCGUUAAUCCCAAUCAUUUACAGUACUUUGUGUUUGCUGGAAAGAUUUGUGCAAAGGCAAUUUCAGAAAAUUGCUACGUCAAUGCAGCUCUUACGCCAGCUGUAUUCAAGUUCUUACUCGGUCACCGAAGUGAGAUUGAUGACUUGGAGCACGAUGAUCCAUCUUUGUUCAGAAGUUUGAAGUUGCUUGCUGACGCAGACAGUAUUGACGCCUUCGAAGGAUUGACAUUCACUGCCAAUGAUGAUGUAUUUGGUGACGUCCGUGAAAUAGAACUGAUUCCCAAUGGGAAGACUAUUUACGUAACAACGGAAAACAAGAUGAAAUACAUAGAGUAUAUUCUCAAUUGGCAUUUAGUAGAGUCUGUCAAGGAACAGCUGGACUCGUUCAAAAAGGGGUUCUGCUCUUUGAUACCUCAACGAUUAUUGAAACCGUUUUCUUCGAACGACCUGUUGCUGCUACUGUGUGGUCAACCUGUUAUCGACUUGCAAUUUAUGAAGGACCACACGACGUACGAGCGAUAUAAUGCCGAUUCGCCGCAGAUCAAGUGGAUGUGGGAAGUUCUAGAGAAGAAUUCAGAUGCGUUUCGUAGCAAUUUUUUGCAGUUUGUGACCGGAAGUGGACGAUUACCUUUAGAGGGGAGCACCUGGGUGAUUAUUGUCGCCAAGUGGAUGGAAGUCAAAGAGCUUCCGCGAGCAUCGACGUGCACAAACACGCUGUAUCUGCCAGGCUACCCAUCCGCCGAAAUUCUUGAAGAGAAGCUUACGUUGGCAGUUGAUAUUGGACACGAAGGCUUCAUGCUGGUAUGAUUGUUUUGUGUAAUGAUGGUACGUUUGAUAUUUUUGUGUGACCGUAUACGGGGUAUUGUUAUAUUUGAAUAUAAUGCACUUGGUGCUUGUAGCGCACGAGAAUGGACUCACGUAACAGGCAUCGUUUGGGAUGUCAUUCGUUUAUUAUUAUAUUGUAUAUUUUGGGUCACAAAUAAAUUUUGUGUUGC